AUGGCGUCUGCAGUGACCAAAGACACCAUGGACUACACAAUUAAGCCCGAGGCUGGCACUUCCAGCAUUUCCACCUCCGAGUGGCCGCUCCUGUUGAAAAAUUAUGACAAGCUCCUUGUUAGAACUGGUCAUUUCACCCCGAUCCCCGCCGGUUGCUCGCCUCUCAAGCGUGACUUGAAGUCCUACAUCAACUCUGGUGUGAUCAACCUGGACAAGCCCUCCAACCCGUCCAGUCACGAGGUUGUCGCUUGGAUGAAGCGCAUUCUGAGGGCCGAAAAGACCGGUCACAGUGGUACUCUCGACCCCAAGGUCACGGGUUGCCUGAUCGUCUGCAUUGACCGCGCCACCCGCCUGGUGAAGUCGCAGCAGGGCGCCGGAAAGGAGUACGUGUGCGUGAUCCGUCUCCAUGACAAGAUUCCCGGUGGAGAGGCCCAGUUCCGCAGAGCCCUGGAGACUCUGACUGGUGCCCUGUUCCAACGCCCGCCUUUGAUCUCCGCCGUCAAGCGUCAGCUCCGUAUCCGUACCAUCCCACGAGAGCAAGCUCUACGAGUUCGACAACGAGAGACACCUCGGUGUUUUCUGGGUGAGCUGCGAGGCCGGCACGUAUAUCCGUACUCUGAGCUCCGCCGUGUGCGCAGUGGAGCUAUGGACGAGAACAGCGGCAUGGUGACCCUCCAUGACGUUAUGGAUGCGCAGUGGAUGUACGACAACCAGCGCGAUGAGUCGUACCUGCGUCGCGUCAUCAGACCCCUGGAGACCCUCCUCACCGGCUACAAGCGUAUUGUCGUCAAGGACAGCGCGGUCAACGCCGUGUGCUACGGUGCCAAGCUCAUGAUUCCCGGUCUCCUGCGUUUUGAGGCUGGAAUUGAUGUCAACGAGGAGGUUGUCCUGAUGACCACCAAGGGCGAGGCCAUCGCCAUCGGUAUCGCUCAGAUGUCCACCGUUGAGCUGACCACCUGCGACCACGGUGUUGUCGCCAAGGUCAAGCGCUGCAUCAUGGAGCGUGACCUGUACCCCCGCCGAUGGGGUCUGGGCCCGGUUGCUCUGGAGAAGAAGAAGCUCAAGUCUGCCGGCAAGCUCGACAAAUACGGCCAUGCCAACGAGGCUACCCCUGCCAAGUGGAAGAGCGACUACAAGGACUACAGCCUGCCCGAGGACGGCUCGGCGCAGCCCGCCGAGGCUCCCAAGGAGGAAGCCCCCGAGACCGAGACCCCGUCGUCCCCAGCGAAGAUGGAAGUGGACGAGGAUGAUGACAAGAAGAAGCGCAAGCGCCACGAGGGCGAAACGGCCGAAGAGCGGGCCGAGCGCAAGAAGAAGAAGAAGGAGAAGAAGGAAAAGAAGGAGCGGCGCAAGUCGAAGCAGGAGAAGGAGGAGAGCGACGAGGACAGCGAUUAG